AUGAGACGUAACGAACUCAACCUUCGAGCCACUGCGCUCAAUUAUGCUACAUGCACCGCAUCCAGCCACUCUGAAACGAGCCCAUAUGGACGGAAGAACAUGUUGGAGGAGAUCAUCGAUCCAGACGAGAUCCCAGUCGGCAGUCACGUCCGAAGUCCCAGCGGAAACUUGCUCAACGCCCAGGAGUUUCGUGAUCGCUCAGACCGUCCUCCAUGCAUGAGGGAGCGCCAACAGCGGAUCUUAGAGAGAACUCGGACGUACGGCAACUUGGCGGAGGCAGCACAGGCUCAGAAUACGAAGCGGAGGCGUAAGAGGCAGAACACUGAGAUUGGACGGAGAACAAACACCACUCCCUCCCUUCGAUUCUGUUCCACUCCGGCCAACGCGCCAUCCAAAGACAUGCCCGACCACGACGAGAUGCCUCGCGGGGAGCGAGGUGUGCCUUGCUCCUACACUGAUUGCCAGCAUCGCUUCCCUAGUGUAGCGCUAAUGAAGGCGCACAAGGUGAAGGAUCCUGAGCAUUUCUACUGCAAAAAAUGCAACGUGGACUGUGCAGACUGGCAGGCUUUGACAGAGCACAAGGUGACCAUGAUGGCGCCAUUUUUGGAGGGCAGGGUCAGGAUCCGAGACGAGAAGCCGGUGCAUAUCGUCUGCGAGUUCUGUGGCGAAGGGUUCCGGAGCUUCGACGGUCGCAAGCGACACAGGGUCUUGAUGCACCCGGGUGACCAAGACAUCGACUGUCCUGGCUGCAGCAAGAAAUUCAUACGUGCCGCCCACAUGAUUGCGCACAUCGAGCGCGACGAGUGCAAGCGUGAUGGUGCCCCUGGAAUCCCACGAUGGAUGCUUCAUGCCAGUAUCAACCACAAAUACAUCAUCAAGGAGAUCAUGACCGCACCGGAUGUAUUCCACAAGAGUAUGUUCUCGCCCCCUGCGGGACAGAUGGGGAGUGCGACCGGAGAAGAGGUCGCAGAUGAGGACGAAGAUGAGGACCAGGAGCCAGGCGGCGUAGCUCUUCUGGACGAUGACGAUGACGAAGCAAAAAUGGGAGGCUAUAAGGCGUUAGAGCCAGAGCGAGAUAUGAUUGACCCCUUUCCACGGCGCAAUACCUUGACCGAGGCAUAUUCCAUGCUGGAUAUGGAGCGGACCAUGGACAUCGCAAAAGAGAUGCGGACGAUUUCUUCCCAAGCUUCCGGUGCGUGGUCUCAAGGGACUGCCUCGGAAGCGCUCAACCCAGCGGCAAAGCCAAUUCCAACUCCUAACGCAUGGGACGGUUUCUACAAAUAUCGCACCAGCGAGGAUCACGCCAGCAAGGACCGUAAUAUUCUCGAAACACAGUUUUGGAAUCCUUUCCACGCAGACUAUCAGAUUGAUCCAUUCUUCCACCCUGUCCUGAAGGCAUACACCUGCCCGUUUCCGAGCUGUGUGAGGGACAAUGGUAGGGUUAUUGUGAGAGAGCACGGCUAUCCGACCAAGGAGGGGCUGGAGGAACAUAUGCGCGACGUGCACUGGAUCAAAAUGUUUCGUUGCCCCACAUGCUCCCGGCGAUUUGAUAGUGUCGCUGCUCUAAUGGGGCACGUCGAGUACACCAUGAAGUGCAAAGUGAAAGAGAGCAAGAAGUUUGGAACUUACGUCGCAGAAAUCACCGGUGGUUUCCUGACCGCUCAGUCAGUAUCGCAGCCCAGGAUUCUCUAUGCCAAUAAGGCCUUGAUCGAAAACGGCGGCACAGACGACGGUGACGUGGGUGGAGUACUGACAAUGAAGUUUGAGGCCACGCUUCCAGAAGUUGAAGCAAAGCAGAGAAGGGAAAGGGACCUUGUCUGA